CAUGCACAAUAGCACACAUCCUCUCGCCCCUCAGAGCCUCGACGUCUAGUGACUGAUAUUCACCAUCUGAGGAUGUCAGACACGCCCAUGUCCCUGCUCAACCACGAUGCUUGGAGUAAAAGCAGUGAAAGUGAAAGCAAUGACACCCCAAAACAGUACAAAGGUGAUCAUGGCAGAAGUCCGACAUCGGGAUCAGGUGCUCCUCCAAUCGGACCUCUGGAAGGGGUUAAAUCUACAUCGUCACAGAAGAUCUUGAGUUGUGCCGAGUGUCGACGGCUCAAACUCAAGUGUGACAGAGAAGUGCCCUGCUCAAAUUGCGUCAAACGGCAUUGCAAGGAGCUCUGUCCAAAUGGUAUCAAGACUACGAAGCGAUCGGGCGGACUUACUGCUCAAGCGGCGGAGCAAUUACAGAGCCGUCUCUCAUCCCUUGAGAGGCUUCUAGAGAGGCACGGCAUCGAUAUCGGACAAGGUCUGCAUUCCACCGCCAAUGACACGCGGAGUCAUGCUAUCAAUCCAAACGGUCCUGUCAAAAGGACUCUUUCUUCCGACGAUAGCUACCAGCCUCCGGAUAAACGAAGCAGAGGCGAGAUGUAUACGUCUGAUCGCUUGGACAUGCCUCACACACGACGGCACAGUGAAAUGGGUUAUCCAUCUUCAGCAGAACGUCACGAGCUACACUUGCCUCUCCCCUCUCCCAGUUUGUCGAGCGGUCGACCUUACGCUACUCCCAUGCAGAAUGCGGGUCCAAGUGGAUCUGGUCAUGGUACAGCCAGGAGCUUUGGAUCCGGUCCACUGCACUCUCCGAUUGAGCAUUCGCAUGGAACGCUGGUGUUGACACAAUCUGGGAGCUCAAGGUAUCUGGGUCCGACAGCCGGGACGGAAUGGUUGAAGAAUCAAGAGCUUGACGAAUAUCGCUCCACCUCACCUUCACCCAGUCCAAAAGAUCCGCAGACGACGUCGGAGCCAAAUGUACAAUCGACGCCUCAUUUUCCCUUCUUCCUACAUGGGCAGGAGCGAUCAUUCGAGGAUCUAUUAUCGGAGCUGCCUCCCCCCGAUGAUGUCGAGGUUCUCGUGGACUGUUACUACCGCUACUUCACGUGGAACCACGAUGUUGCGCCUCGUCGAUCCAUACAACCACUACUGAACCGGGUCCUAGGCGAUCGGCAACCCGUCAAGAUCUUGGCAAAGAAUAUUCAUCCGCAGCAGUUGGCAUUGGUCUACAUGAUCUUGGCCAUCGGGUCUCUGUACAACUUGGAGCUGCCCCAACACGAUCCUCAAGCUGAGGACUUCCUGUUGCUGUCGAAAAAUUGCCUCACAAAAGGGGAUUUCCUCAAUCACAAUACAAUGCCGGGUGUUCAGACUCUGCUUAUGAUGGGUCAUUACCACUUGGAGACGGAAAAGGGCAGGAACGGAAAUCAAGCUUGGCCAUUGUGGGGAUUGGCGAUGCGCAUUAUUGUUGCCAUGGGAUUGCAUAGAGAUGGCGGACGUUGGAAUCUGCCAUUCGAGGUCGUUGACGAGAGGCGCCAAGUGUUCUGGGAGGCACAUACCAUCGAAGUCUUUCAGGCCAAUUGCUUCUCCAGACCGAGCUGUUUGGUGCCACGAUACAUUGACACGGCGUUCCCAGCACCUUACCCUCCUCCGGACGAUCGUUAUCCGAAAGCGUACAAGACAUUAAAAUAUGAGAUUUGUCAAAUGUCUGCUAGAAUCCUCGAUAUGGGUAUGGGCGUCGAACCUGCACCCUACGCCGAUGUGCACGAGAUGUACUUGAGACUGUGCGAAUUUGAGCGUCAAAUACCAUACCAUUUCCGAUGUCGAAGCGCUCUCUCCGCCUUGCCCUCUGUCUAUCCCGAUCCAGCGGUAGCAGUGCUUGAAAGUCCAGAGCCGAAUCGCCGCCAGAUCACACAGUCUUUCCAACAAUUCACCUUGUCUCUCAAUGUGUCUGAGAACAUACUUUACCUUCAACGACCCUACUUCGUCAUGGCGAUGCACGAUCAACCUAUGGAUCCAACUCGAUCGAUCUAUGGGCAUUCAUAUCUCGCUGUAGUAGAGCGAUGCAAUGUAAUCAUUCAGGUCGUUCAGGGUCUCUACAGCUUACAUCCCACUAUCAGCGUUCGGCACUGGUUUUUCUGGUAUCAUCUGUUCACUGCGGCGGUAUGUGUCGGAACACUGAUCCUGCGCAAUCCACAAAGUGUUCUCGCCCAAUUUGCCCUUGGCCAGAUCGAUCAAGCGAUCGAUCUCUUCUCGGCAGUUCUGAAGCACAAUCCCUCCCCAUCCAUGGUCCAGAACCGUGAAUGGCUUGUCCGACUACGCCAACGGGCAGUGGCCAAGAUCUCCCAUGAAUCUCACAAACCGAGUACGAAUGAUACCUCGCCUGCCUCCUACGAAGGGGAGGAAGAUUUAGAGCUCCUUGGCUGGAGAACGAGAUUGAUAGAACAGGCCGGGGCUGGAGCGCAUCGAGCAACGAACAUCAUCCCAAAGCCAAGGAUGGAUAUGCCUUUAUCUUUGGGCUUACGACCAGAGGCUCUCCCAUCCGGUUCGCUAGGAGGUGCUCAGAGUGCCAAUUCUCCUCUUCCACCAGCAGUGGCCGAAGUCUUGCAACAGCAUCUGGACUACUCCUUGGAUCCCAGCAUGAUGGGUGAUAGCCGGGGCAGCGAAUCGACACAGAUUGGUGCUGAUUCUUCUACGGAUCUUCUGUUACACCAAUAUUGGGAUCCAAUGAUCUUUUCGGAUGCGCGGACUGAUCAAGGACCGCUGCCGUCUACAAACUGGUGGAGUUGGGACAGUAUGGGGCUCGGUAGUGAUCUACAGUCUAGUCCGUUUGGUCAUGGAGGACAGUAGGUCGCAGUAGUGCAUUAGCAAUGCUUCUGUAUCGUCUGUUGCGAACAUUUCUGGCUGACAUGUGAAUGAAUGCCGCCGAU